AUGACGGGUCCAAUAAGAUCAAAAGGAAAAGGUCGCGCAACUGAUGAUGAAGAACUUAAGCAUCUUCCUCAGUCACAACCUCCCCGGCCCCCAAACGCUUGGAUCCUUUAUCGCUCAGAUAAGAUCAAGGUUUUACCACCUGCAGCACCUGGUCAACGAAGCAGAGCCCAGGCCGACGUCUCAAAACUCAUUUCUGACAUGUGGCGAAAUGAGUCGGAUGCGGUUAAACUAGAGUAUGAACGUCUGGCAGACGCGAGAAAGGCAGAGCACCAGCGUCUAUACCCUGAUUACAGGUUCCAACCGAUGAAGAAAGAGGAGAAGGAACGCCUCAGGGAAGAAAAAAGGCAGCUCAAGGAACGCGCCCGCGAGAAGAGGAAACCUCGCGGUCGCUCAUACACGGCGGCUGGCUCCUCGCAGGAGCAGCACCAAGCAGUUGCACCACACCCAAUUCAAGAGGCCGAACCACAACAAGCCGCAAUUGCUCAUGCACAUCCUUACCUUCUCCCUGGUGUCAUGCCUGUCCAGGACGUCCCCCCGCAUAUCCCUCAUCACGAUUACACCUUCCUCGAUCCGGGAAUGCAGUUUGGACUCGCGGGUCCAUCGCCACCGUUGUCAGCUGCGUCAUCGCCGAAUCCUUCAUCAGCCUCUGAAUCUUCAUCCAUCCCGGAUGAUCUUCUAUUUCGAGUGGACGCGCUGCCUUCAGUUCGCGUAUCUCCCGUUUCGGAUGCGCAACCCCAACCCUCACAGCAGCUUUAUCUUCCUCCAUUCCCCCAUCCACACAACUUAUACGGCAUGGAGCCUAUGCCUGUGCAGCAACCGCAGGCUGCCUAUACUCAAUGGCAAACUCUUCAAGAACACAUUUUGCCGCAGCCGUCUGGUGCUGGGAGCGCUCAAGAAUCCGAACACAUGUGGGAUCAGUUUGCCGAACCAGAAGGAACGUUUGAUUACCAGCAACAGGAUUUCUUGAACUUUGACCUAACAACUGCUAACAACUUGGAAUCGAUUCACGUCUUCGAAAGGUCUCUUCAGGCGAUGUUGUCAUCUACUGGUCACAACGGCAUUUUCAAUAUGUCCAACGUCAAUCCUGCAGAUAUCCUUGCUCAGCCCGAGGGCGAGCUCCAAGUUGAGAUGGGUCCAGAGCCCGAUGCGCAGUCACAGGAACUCGAAAACUAUUACAAUGGUUUCGAUAUCGAGACGGCAUUUGCUACAUCACAGGAGCAACAGUCCGCUACUGUGAGUCCUUCUGGCACCGUGAAUCCUGCAGAUACGGUCAUCAACACAACCCUUUCGGCUGACGACUUCACGUCGUUCUUCAAGCCCAACCCUGAUGUUCAAGCUUAUAUAGCAACGCAACAACGUCAGCGUCAGCCGAGUGCAUUCACACGCGAUAUGUUACAGUAUAUCAACUUCGACGCGGGUGAGGGUGGAUCGCAAAAUGCUGCGGCGCCGCAGGUGGGCGCCCCUCCGCCACCGCAAGCACAAUCGCCAAUCUUCACACAGAUGACGAACACCGCUGCUGUAUCACAGUCUGGCUAUGUUCCCCCUGCUGGCGCAGCACAUUCGUCAACGCGGCGGGUUGCCGCGAGUUGGAAGCCGUGUUAUGCUGUUCCUGACGAUUCUGUUAUUGACCCUGCUCUCUUCUAUUGA